AUGCAAUCUUCGAAUUCUAACAAAUUCGAGACUUUUACAGAGAUACUUAUGUACGUUCCAACUGCCAUUAUACUAUUUAUUUCAUUUACAUUCGCAAUUUAUAUACUUAAUUCGGAUAAUGAUCCUCCAGCCUUACCUACAAAUAGCAGAGAUUAUUCAUAUGAUUGCCCAUAUAUAAAACAAGAAAGUUUAUCAGUCAAUGAUUCGAGAUUGUCAUUUAAAUUUAAAGUUGGCGACUUUUUACAAUUUCCCAAGCAAACUGCAAUGUCAAUGCUAAAGGUUGAUGUACAAACAGGCCUAUUUAAAGCAACAUAUAAUAUGUCAAGCAUUUGGGAUAGACAAGGAAAUAUUUCAGAAAUUUCAUUUAACGUUCUACAUCCAAUUAUUGGAGAUGCUAUCAUAACAACACGAUGCGGCAACUACCCAAUCGCUUUCGACCAAAAAACAAUCUCUAGCGUUAAUAUUUAUCCCAUUGGAUUCACUAGAUUAAUGCAAGGCUAUUUUGCUUCAGCUAUAGUUGGAAAUGGUUGCUGGGAAAAUACAGAUAUUUCAUUUUUCAUUACUAACGACAUUCAAGUUCGUCCAUUUGUCGUUGGAAAAAAUGAUUUUCAACCAGUUGCCGUAAACAAUGGUAAUUUCGAUCCAAAAGCUUAUGCGGAUUACUUCAAUAUUACUUACUAUGAUUCUCCAAACGAUUUGGCCGUAAUGGCUGUGUUUGUAACUGCAAAUCCACAUUUUGCUUAUGAAACAAUCAUAGAUGUCAUAAUUCCUGUAUCAUUCUAUUCGAAAAGUAAUGAGGGAUCAGGACAUUGCCUUGUCCUCACCAAAGAUCAAAACGAUUUGCGUCCAAUUGUUGAAAAAAUUUUUGAUGGCGAAAUUAUUGAAAAGGAUAGAAAGGUUUGCUACAAGAAUGGUGCUGUCUUAACAUCAUCAACAGGACUGAGAUAUGAUAUUGACCCAGAUUUGCAUAAUUUCGAUGAAAAUCUUGGAUAUAUAAUUAGAUUCCAAGAAAUAUUCAAUAUUGACAGAGAAAUAUUUGCUGAUAUCAAACAGAAGUUCACAUCAAAGAAGAUGAAGAACAAACAAAUAACUGUUGUUGAGAAAUUGAAAUUUUUAAUUCCAACUUUGAAGAAUUUGUAUCCAAAGGCUAAAAUUGAGGUCAUACACGAUACAGAUUCUAUUUCAUAUAUAGCAAGUAUUGUUUCUAGGUCCAGAAUUUUAAUUGGGACAAAUAUCUUUAAUUUAGCUUAUUCUGUGUUCCUCAAUGAAGGAGCAACAUUGGUUGAAUACCAAAUAUCAGGUGAAGAAGGAAGUAAUUUGCUUUCAAAAUGGGCUGAAGUAACAAAAACAAAUUACUUAGUAAUUCCUCACAAAUACGACAACAAACCUAUAGAUUCAUAUUCAAAUUAUUUCAAAUUAGUUAAUCACCUUCCAUUCCCACAUCCAAAUCCUCAAUUAAUUAAGGAAAUUUUUGAUCAAAAAUUUCCAGAUCUGAAUUAA